UUGCACAUUGUAUCCUGCUAAUGGGAGUGUGCGUUCCAGCAGCGUCCAAUAGCUCUCCGCUCAUUGGCUAACAGCGAGCGUUAACUUCCAACAAAAUUCUUACCCUGACUGACCCACUGCCUGCUAGUUCACACGCCCAAACCAGGCGCCUGGUCAGCAGCAAGCGGGAGACACAUAUUUAACAAGACAAUCACAGAAAGCCCUCCUUGUUGGUCCUGUGGCUAAUAUGAAUCACUAAUCUUCACUGUGACACACGUACAAGUUUGGAUAUUACGCCUUACCCUUCUGCAAUGUUGCUGACAUGGCAUUGUAGUUUCAAAGGACUCCUGUGGACAUAAUUGCCUAAGAAUUCAUGUUUACAAGUGAUUUGAUGGGCAACAUUGCACUUUUAAAAUGAUUGUCUAUGGAGGUUUGCAAGGUCACCAUAGCAGAAUUUUUUUAGCUGUUGAAAACUUCUAAAUCGGCCAGAAUGUUUAUUAGCAGUAGAAGGCUGAGAAGAUGCCAAUUCCUGCAGAUCUUGGCUACUUGCUUUGUUUUAUCGCUAAUGCUUAUGUUCACUCAGGAUGAUAAUAAUGUUGUGAACCAUAUAAAGUCUUAUUCCUACCGAUACCUCAUAAAUAGCUACAACUUUGUUAAUGAUAGCUUGUCCAUUUCCAGGGACAAAUCUGAUGGAACAAGAAACUACAAAUACUUGCUAAACAACAAAGACAAAUGCCAAAAUGAAGAUGUAUUGCUCCUAUUAUUUGUAAAGACUUCACCUGAAAAUGUAUUGCGUCGCAAUGCAAUUAGAAAUACUUGGGGUAACGAAAAUUACAUCCGUUCUCGAUAUGGUGCCACAAUCAAAAUAGUGUUUGCCCUUGGGGUUGACAAGGACCCAGUGAAAAGUAAUCUGUUCCAGAGAGACCUUGACAAAGAAAAUAUUAAAUACAAAGACCUAGUACAACAAGACUUUCUUGACACUUUCCACAAUCUUACUCUCAAACUUCUUCUACAGUUUGAAUGGGUGAAUUCAUACUGUUCAGAUGCAAAAUUUAUUAUGUCUGCAGAUGACGAUAUUUUUAUCCACACUCCGAAUUUGGUUUCAUAUUUAAAAAGCAUGGAUCUUAUUGGUGUGCAAGACUUUUGGAUUGGUAGAGUCCAUCGUGGAUCUCCACCCAUGCGGAACAAAAAUAGCAAGUAUUACGUCUCCCAUGAAAUGUAUCCUUGGUCGUCUUAUCCAGAUUACACAGCUGGAGCAGCUUAUGUUGUUUCAAGAGAUGUGGCUGCCAAAGUAUAUGAAGCCUCACAGACCUUAAAUACAAGCUUGUACAUAGAUGAUGUUUUCAUGGGUCUUUGUGCCAAUAAAAUGGGUGUUGUACCUCAGUAUCACGUAUUUUUCUCAGGAGAAGGAAAAGCCCCUUAUCAUCCAUGCAUCUACAACAAAAUGAUGACUUCCCACGGCCACUUGGAUGAUAUUUACUAUCUAUGGAAUCAAGCUACUGAUCCUAAAGUAAAGGCUCUGUCCUCUAGUUUUUGGGGGGAUCUAUAUUGCAAAUUUGUUAAUGUAAUGCUUCUGUGUCGAAUUCGUUAUGUCGAUACCUAUCCAUGUUCAGCUGCAUGGUCAUAGUACUAGAGUGAAUCUGUGUUCAAAACAUUAUGCUAAAUUAUUUUCUGUCACUUGCAAGUGGUUAUCAGUCUAGACUUUGACCUGAACACUGUAAGAAAUUAACAUGCUGGAAAUGUAAAUUGUGUGUUCCUAUCACUCAGUAAAGCAACAUUUAACAUACAUUAUUCAGCUUGGAAAAAUGCACACAAUCGACUGUAAUACAUGAUUUCUUGCACUCUGGAACAUUUUUGUAAUCUGAGAAAUUUUCAGUACACUAAAAUUUCUUAAAGUGCUACUAGUACAAUAUUUUAUUGGAUUGAUUAAAAAUAAAACCCACAGUAGUUUGACCCAAAGGAUUUCCGACCCUUUGAAGGCAGUGUUUUUGUAAUCUAGAAUAUACAUAUAUACCAAUUUGCUGAAAGUAGUUCACCAAAUAGAUUAUCCUUUUUGUCUUCAUUUGAGGAAGGUGUGACAUUUUGUGAUCUUGUGUUAAAAUGACCUAUAUGCUGUGAAAUUCAUUUAUUCUUCUACACCUUUAGAGCCAUUUGUAAAGCGUUUAUUUCUAGCAUUAGAAUUAUCAAUAUAGUAAAGAAAAAAAAAUAGAUUUCAAAUAAAGUCCACAUAAAUGGGCCUUACUGACAUAAAUAGUUGCCAAUCUGAAAAGUGUUAUGGAUCCUUUUCUUGCCUUUCUUCUUUGUUUACAUACGGAGUGAAUUGUUUUAUUUCUACAGUGAAGUUGUGUCCAAAAGCUAUAUGGAAACUCAAACUAUUUGUUUGAGAAAAUGCAAAGUGUUUUUAUUGGGGUGGGGAUUUUGUUUUUUUCCCCUCCUGUGUCCAUUUAAAGCAUAUAUUGUUUGUAUAAGUAAAAAGGUUACUCCCUAAUAUCCACUAAACCCAUUUAAAAAAAAAAAAAAAAAAAAAACUUUAAAAAGUAUUCUGGAUUUAAAAAUUACAACAAAAGUCAUAGCUUGAUCUCUGCUCUUAAAGGGAAACUCCAGUGCCAGGAAAACAAUCCGUUUUCAUGGCACUGCAGGUCCCCUCUACCUCCCACCACGCAAUCCCCGGUAGCUGAUGGGGUGAAAACCCCUUCAGUAACUUACCAGAGGCAGCGACGAUGUAACUGUAAGUAAAUGGCAUUUGCAAAAGCAUUCCCUUAGCUGAGUUUUGAAGAACUGUAAAACUUGAGGCCAAAACAGUGAGGGUUAUUCACUAAACUGGGAAUUCACAAGGGAGUUAGUCUUGGGCCAAAACAGGCAAGUUGCGAAAAGUUGUUUAAUACCUGAAAAGGGGGAUUGUCUGUUUCUGUUAAUUUCCCUUGUGUGCUGUUAUUUGGCCUGGGUAUCAUUACCUGUACACCACAAUACAUGUGUCUGUGAAUUGUUCUGCUCAUGAAAGUCAAAAUGUAAGUCCACAUCUGCACAAAAAAACACUAGGAUACCCUUUUAAAGUGUUAUGUGAGGUGGCUCUUUAUUAUUAUUAAAACAAUAUAUCAAGCACUGAAAAUGGAAUUUAAAAUCUCUAAUUCAGUAUAUGAGCUUCUUGUUGGUAUUUUGCUAAUGAUGUCAAUUGUUUUCUUCAAUUAGCAUUUUACUGGAUCUUUUAGAAUGCCAUGCCUCUUAACUUUUCUUCAUUAUCAUCACCCCACAUCUGUUAAAAUGUGCAUUUGAAGGAUUUAAACAGAUCACUGUCCACUGUAUGGUCUUUCUGAUUUAAUGUUUGAGCUGUUAUGCCUAGUUUGGGGGAAACGGUACGAGCAAUUCUCUACAGCCUUUUUGGGAUUUUUUUUUUCUUUAUACUACUGCAGUGAGAAUUACUGUGAAAUGGUUUGAAUUACAGCAGGUCUGUUAUAACAAAUAUAUUUUUUUAUGAAUUUGUGUAGUGUUUUUUUUGGAAGUUAUGAAGGCAUUACAUCAGUAACAGCCUGAACUUUACAGUGCUAAAUAUUUUCGAAAGGAGUUUCCAGUAAAGGGUUUCUGUAUCAAUGUUGUAAUAACUUUCAGUAGCGGUUAGAGGGUAUCAUUUCAAGAGUUGUCCUUCACCUUUUGGUUACUUACAAUGCAUGGUGCUCAAACACUGGACUGCUAUUGACUUGCCAGCCUAAACUUUUGUCCCCAAGAAAGGCAAGUCCCAAUUGCACUAAAUGUAUUUUUUUUUUAUUUCUAUCUAUAAACAUUGUAAAAGUAGUGUGUUCAAAGUGCUAUUCUGAUU